AUGAACCAGACGGUGGAGGUUCUUGCAGACGCGAAGAAAGCAGCGGAUCGUGCAAACAUUAAGGGCAUUCUUAAGGGUUCAUGUGUUGAUUGUUUGAAGCAGUUGGAGAGUUGUCCUUCCGACAUACAACUUAUCGAUAGUCAUAACAUCUUCAAGAAGCUUGAAUUUCUGAGUAAGCACAAGAGCCGAAAGAUCUGUUCUGCGGCUUCUCGAGUUUAUCGACGUCUUGAAGAAGAGGAUAAUCACGAAAGAUUCUUGUCCUGCUCCAAGAAACUCAUGGUCAACGCAUCGUCAUAUCAUUCGGAUCAAGCUGCCGCGGAAAAACACUCUGAUGAUGCUUCAACCAAAGGGACUACCAUUUGCCUGAAGAUUCCAUUGGAGACUCCUCACCGACCUGCCUCUCAAAAUGUAAAAGAUGCACCCAGAGGCAAAAUAAGAACCAUGCUUGAAGAGGCCCUGUCUAAGGUAGCAUCUGAGAUUGGGGAGAAAGUGCAUGGAUCUCUACGUGAUUACAUCAAGGUUGCUGCAGAGGUGGAGUAUGAGAUGUUCAGAAAGCUGGGUCCUCGCGUUGGGAAUCAAAAGCUCAAGUAUAGGGCCAUUCUGUUCAACCUCAGCGAUCCAAAGAAUCCAGACUUGAGGAGAAGAGUUGUCUGUAGAAAAAUAAAGCCUGCUGAUCUCCUUGACAUGAAAAGUGAAGAGUUAGCCAGCAAUGAACUUAAGCAUGAGAUCAUCAGAUAA